AUGGCGCGAGAACUCUUAAUUGUGGGUCGCACUCGCAAUCUGCGCGACAUCGAGUCCAACAAAGAAGAGAAGCCUUCCAACUGGCACGACUGGGUUCUGGUCUUCCUAUGGAGCUUUCUGGGCUAUAUGUUCAUCAUCUUGACGGUGCUGACCUACUUCAACCCCGGCUUCUUGCCAUUUGAUGUCACCUCAAUAUUGUUCCGAAAGGAGAUGUCUCCGUUCUUUGCGUUCUCACAGGGAUCGAGCCAUUACUCCAAACCCCAGGGUUUCAAAAUAAUUGCUCUGGUUCCGUUCACUGAUUAUGAACCUACGUCAAUCUUGGACUGCUAUCUGCAGAAAAACUUGGUUCAAAACAACGGAUUCCUUGAUCGGGUUGUCUUUGUGCCGCAGACCAAUGACGCCCUUAGCUUGGGAUGGCUGAAUUCGAUUGUCAACCAAACACCCGAAUAUGAUAUUUCUCCAGCUGGUCAGGAUAUGGAGUGGAAAUCCGCAAUGGACAAUGUGAUGUACAUCCGAAUUGACGGCGACACCGUCUUCCUCGAAGAUCACACCAUUUCAACAAUUGUCAAGACAAAACUCGACAAUCCUAGCUCUCUUAUGGUGUCAGCCAACGUCGUGAAUGAGGCAGCCCUCGCAUCGCUUCACAGCCACCCGGGCGUUGCAAUGCCAUAUCUCCCAGAGUUGUUCCACCACGUCGAUCAACUGUCUCUGUCAAAGCCUCAAAUGCAUCAAGAAUGGCGAGCAUCAAGUCUCCCACACUGGCAAGGUCCUAUGAAAUUCAAAGUCAACAAAGACUUUAAGCCACCUUUCAACGGACACCGCUGGUUGCUGCCUGCCGAUAAAAGCAUUGACCGAGAUCCCAUCUCCGCUUCCGUAUACACCGACACAGGCCCAACCCUAGAUGACUGGACCGUUGGUGCACAGCAGCACUAUUCAUUCUUACAUCACCUCGAAAACAAUGACCUGGGACUUUACAAGUUCCCAAUCUGGGUCGACCCCACAGAGCCCAUCAGCGAAAACUUUGGGUGCUUCUGGGGCAAUGAUGCGGUUGCUGUGCACCAUAUGUUCCGCCACAACAGCCAGACAACAGCUUCUCAUCCAAAGCCGGAUAGAUCUCGCCCGCAUGUCAUCAUUGAUGGCAAGGGUCUUGUUUCGCAUUAUUCUUCCCGUCAAGGUGUGGCUGGUCUGGAUACUACGGAUCUUCUGGCUCGUUAUCGAGCAUACGCAGAAGAGCGAGUGUGCUUGCGGACUGAGUAA